AACCGUGGACUUCUAUGUGGUUCCAACCCCCAGACCGUUUGACACAAGAGCCCGACCAUCUCCUACACCCAAAACACACAUCAGCGUUGACAGGAACAACCAAAGGCCAGUGGACACUACUGUCACGGCGACCCUCGGUGAAUAAUAUGUAUAAAUAAACGCGACAUUAUGACCAGUUGGGGGCCGAGAACUGUCGGCUCGUUCAGACACACGGGCGACCGUUCAGCUGGUAAUAUAUUUUCUCACCAUACGUUUGAUUUUCUUGUAUAAACGGGUGUGCGUCGUUGUCAGCGCACAGACUCCUCCGCGCUGUUGAGUAUGUCAACCGCAUGGCCGCGUUCUAUUUGACACUUUUUUUGGGGGCCGACGUAAAAUAGCAAAUCGCACCCGCCGGAGUUGCAGCAAUGGCUUCGGCGCUGGGUUGCUUCGGCGGUCCCGAGGUGUUGGAGGACGUCACUCACGCGCGGGGUUUGAUGGACGAGCUGAAGCUGCUGUACGACUGCCGGCUGCUCGGCGACGUUACCAUCCGGGUCGAGUGUGACGAGGAGCCGCUGGAGCACGGCGGGGGGUCUGCCGGAGGUGACGUCGACCAACUCUUCCUGUGCAGCCGCAACGUCCUCGCCGCUGCUAGCCCGUACUUCAAAAGCAUGUUCACCGGGGGGUUGAACGAGAGCGUGCAAGAGAGGGUGGUCAUCCGCGGAGUGGACUCCGAGUCCAUGUCUGUCAUCAUCGACUACUGCUACACGGGCCGGGUGACCAUCACCGAGGGCAACGUCCAGCGGCUGUAUGCGGCUGCCAACAUGCUCCAGCUGGAGUACAUCAGGAAAGCCUGCUCCAGCUUCCUGAAGAGAAGGCUGGACCUCUCCAACUGCGUAGGGAUCCUGAAGUUCGCCGACACCUACGACAACCCUGGACUGAAGGAGAACGCGCAGGCGUUCAUAGCCAGGAACUUUGGCCAGGUGUGCCAUGGAGGGGAGCUCUGCGAGCUGGAUCUGACCCAGCUGAGGGAGAUGUUGUCCCUGGACACCCUGGACGUGGAGUGCGAGAGGAAGGUGUGCUCCGCCGCCCUGCAGUGGAUAGAGGCGAACGCGCCGCUGAGGCGGGAGGACGCGCUGCUGGCGCUGAAGUGUGUGCGCUGGAACUUGUUCACGGAUCAGGAUAAGUGCUACCUGGAGGGCCUCAUGGCCAGGCCUUUGAUUGAGAAAUACCUUGCAUCUUUCUACAAUGGGUCGGCCGAGGACGGCUGCGGGAUACCCGCGGCCCCGGACGCGCCCAAACACAGGGUGGGCGUGAGCGCAAAGGAGAUGAUCCUCUUCUUCGGCCUACCCAACGACAACAUCAUGUGCUGUGACCCAUACUCGGCGGACCUGUAUUUCAUGGCUCCCCCUUUAGAGAACCUCAGCAGUCAGGAUUACAAGCGCUCCACCAUGGAGUCCCUGAUCGCCUGUGCCGCUCCCGAUAACAACUUGUACCUGGCCUCCCACCUCUCGAAGCACUUCUGGCUGUACAACCCUGUGCUCAACAGCUGGCAGGAGCUGGCGGAGAGGCCGCUGGGGAGGAUACACUCCGGGAUGGGCUACCUCAAUGGCCAUGUGUACCUCCUGGGGGGACGGAAUCCCGUGACGGAUGCCCGACUGAAGGAGGUGGAGUGCUAUAGUGUUCAGAGGGACCAGUGGACGUUUGUGGCCCCUCUGCCUCACUCUUUGGGCAAAAUGCAGGUGGUGGCGCUCAACGACCACCUGUACGUGGUGAACAAGCGGAGGAUGCUCUGCUACGACGCCAAGAGGAACCGCUGGCGCCACUGCGGGUCGCUGAGGAGGGACAAGCUCCACAAGGCCUGCGUGUACCAGGAGCAGAUUGUGUGCGUGUGCGACAUCCCGGUGGUGAAGGCCUACAGCCCCGCCCGGGGGGAGUGGAAGAGGCUGGGCGACAUACCCAUCGACAGCCGUGCCCUGAAUUACCAGGUGAUCCAGCACAGCGGCAAGCUGCUCCUCCUCACUCAGACUCUGCUGCAGCACAACAAAAACCGGGUCCUCAUCCACGAGUACGACCCCGCCCGGGACGCUUGGAAGAACAUCAUGGCGGUGUACGUGUCCACCCUUGGGCCCGUCUGCGUAUCGACGCGCGUGUACCCGACGUGCCUGGGCUCCGCGCACAGCUUCUCCACGGAGGAGGACGACGACAGUGGCUCCAGCGCCGACUGGGACUUUGACGAGUUGACGGACGCCGACUCUGACUCCGGCAGCUCCAGCUCUUUCUCGGACGAGAACUGGUAGUCGCUGCGUCAAAGAAAAGUUUAACUUAUUUAUGAAUUUACGGAUUGAACAGGGUUCUGUCUGCCAGUAGAGGUCACAGAAGCCAACUUUUAACAGUAGAAGCCCGGCUCCAUCAAAAAAUCUUGACUUCGGAUGGACGUUUUUUUUCUCGUCUCCGGUCAUUUACUGACGGAGGGAGGAAACCGAGCAGAGUUGGUUUCAGAAAGGUCUUGCGAUGUGCUGUGUAAAGACGCAUGUUUGUGACUGAAAUAUAGAUUUUAUUUAGCGUGAAUAAAUUAGCACACUUGUGAUUAGUGCAGAAUCGUGAUUUAUUUUCUUUUUUUCUUUUUGGGACAUCCAGCAGCUCAAGUGCCUCACGUUUAUGACUUUUAACGCAGCGAGGUCAUUUACAGGGCUUUAAAACUUCCUGUCCUUUUUGUUUUAUGUUGUCAAGACGAGAACACACCCGGUGUUGUGGACACCACUGAAGCCAAUGUUUUGUACGCUCACUCAGGUUUAGGCUUCAGCACAAGCCCGUAUAUUCCAUGAUUUCUCCUUCUUUUUUUUUAAACGUAGUAAAAAAAGUUGGUGGUAUACAUUUUAUUCAAACUAUUUUAUGGAUCCUGUGAAUGUGUUUUCUUAUCAAUGAUGUUCUACUUGAACUGUUGCAAAGCCAUUGUGUCCCCCAACCAGCCCACAAACUAAGUUACCAGUUUAUUAGAACCGUUUCUAGUGUGACUGAAGGCCGUAGACUAAAUGUUAGAACCUCCUCAGUGUAAUGCAGUAUUGUAAACAAACUGACCAUCCAGUUGAAUCAACAUGUGUGUAAAACAGUUAUUGCAACGAUUAAUUACAGGGGUGUCGUACGAAGUUUCUGCUAGCUGUUCCUAAUAAACUGGUAAAUGUGUGCAGUUCUCAAUGUAGUCCCUUUUUCUGAUGGAUAGUUGAAGUGUUCCAUUUUGUGUGUGUGUGUGUGUGUGAGAGAGUGUGAGAAUGGUAACACAUGUUCUGGAUUAGAAAAACGUUUUGUUUUGUGUCAAAUAAACACGACGC